UCCAAAAUGAAACUUAGUCCCAAAACGAAGAUAGAUUGUAGAAAAUGCAUUCAUCCAUUGUAUAUAAUUAUAUAUUUAGUGCUGAAGACCCCAGUUAGCUAGUAAUAUUGUACCGAACAUGAAAACCGAGGAAUAUGACAGUUUCAUCAUUUUGAUGUCAAGAACAAAUUCACAAAAAAAACACAAUAAACAGAAAACACAGGAAACACACAGCUCGUCAAAAUUUUGCGUUCAUUUCAUAAAUUAUUUCUGGAGUCUGCACUCAAUUGCAGGGGCAUUGCGGCGUUGACGGUGGGCAUGGAGUUGGACAUGGAGGAGGCGGCUGUCGGCAGCCCUGGCAUGGAGGCCAAGACCGGCAUGGCAGCAGAAACAGCCGGCGAUUCGCCGCCCAAUGUAGAGAAAGUGAUCAAAGUGGAGAAAGAAUGUGCAAAUGGUACAGGCUCGAUGUCGGGUCCACCAUCGCCGGAGCAGACUUGGCGUGGCGUGCCCAUUGAGGACAUACACCGCGGGCUACCGCUUUUCCAGCUGGAGCAUAUGGGUGCCGUUUCUCCCAGUAGCUUGCACCGCGUGAUGCACAAGCAUCCCAUACGCGAGUCGAUCGAGGUGCCGCCCCGUCCGUUCAAGGGCGCCGGCAAAUGGGACUCGGACCAUGUACGUCUGCCCUGCGCAACUGAGAGCAAAUAUCCACGCGAGAAUGCCGAUGGCGGCACAACGAUCGGUUCCCGCUGGGAGAUGAUCGAGCGGGCACUCCUGCAGCCGAUUGCCAGCAGCGAGCAGCUCCAGGAUGCGAUACUCUCCUACAACACAACGUACAAGGGCAAGUGGAACUUUCGUGCGCUGCACCAGCUGCUCGAGGAGGAGCUGGACGAGAGCGAGACGAAGGUGUUCUUCGAGGAUCUCCUGCCACGCAUCAUCCGUCUGGCCCUGCGUCUGCCCGACAUCGUGCAGGCCUCCCUGCCACUGCUUAAACAGCAUACGAACAGCACGAUCACACUCACCCAGCAGCAGAUCUCCUGCCUGCUGGCCAAUGCCUUUCUGUGUACCUAUCCGCGCCGCAACACCCUCAAGCCCAAAUCGGAGUACAGCACCUUCCCCGACAUCAAUUUCAAUAGGCUCUAUCAAUCCUCGGGCGCAGCAGUGCUGGAGAAGCUCAAGUGCAUUAUGCACUAUUUCCGUCGCGUCUGCCCCACGGAACGGGACGGCAGCAAUGUGCCCACCGGCUGUGUGACGUUUCUGCGUCGCAGCAUCGAGCCGGACCAAACGACGAUUUGGAAUGAAGUGACAAAGCCAUUGGGCGACGUGCCAUUGCACGUGAAUGCGGCUGGCACGAUUGAGGACCAGGGCGUGGGCCUGCUGCAGGUGGACUUUGCCAACAAGUAUCUGGGCGGCGGCGUUCUCGGUCAUGGCUGUGUGCAGGAGGAGAUUCGCUUUGUCAUUUGCCCGGAACUGCUGGUAAGCAAACUCUUCACGGAGUCCCUUCGUCCCACCGAGGCGCUGAUGGUGCUUGGUGCGGAGCGCUAUAGCAAUUACACCGGCUAUGCCGGCACCUUUACCUGGUCCGGCAAUCAUGAGGAUCUAACGCCGCGCGACAGUUCCAGACGCCGCCAGACGGCAAUUGUGGCCAUUGAUGCGCUGCAGUUUGCCCAUGCCAGACAUCAGUAUUGGGAAGAUCUAGUGGAGCGGGAACUGAAUAAGGCACACAGCGGAUUCAUGCACGCGUUGUCCAGCGAGCCACCGGGCGUGGCCACCGGCAAUUGGGGCUGCGGUGCUUUUGGCGGCGAUGCUCGUCUCAAGUCGCUGCUGCAACUAAUGGUUUGUGCCACUUUGCGCCGCCCACUGGCCUACUACACCUUCGGCAACGUUCGGCUGCGCGACGAGCUGCACGAGAUGUGGCAACUGUUCCGCAGCCAGGGCACCACCGUGCGUCAGCUAUGGACCGUGCUGCUCCGUUUCGACGACAGUCUACGCACCAACCCAUCGUCAUCGAGCCAGCCAGCCCCCAACCCGAAUCUCUAUGACUAUAUACGCGAAGAGCUGAAAAAGAAGACGCCGCCAUCAUCAUCGGGUUCGACUCCAAAGCCGAACAAGAAGCUGAUCAGCGCCAGUAAUGAACAAAGUCCAGAUCUGUUUAGUUCGCUUGACGACUCGACAUGCUCGCCGUCCGCCCUUCUGCUCUCCGACGAUGAAGAGGCGAAUGCCAUGAUGAUGGCCGCCAGCCUGGAGGCAACGCCCAGUGUCGAGAGCAGCCUGGCAGUUGCAGGAGCAGGAGCAGGAGCAGCAGCAUCCGUGGCAGCAGCAGCAGUCACAGUUGCAGUAGCAGCAGCAGGUGGAGGCUCGCCACCGAAGGCAGCUGGUGCUAAAAUGCGACAGCUGUCGCUACUGGAUAUGCUGGACAGCCACUACGAUCAGGGCCAGGCCUCGAAGCGACCGCGUCCAUCACACAGUGGCGCCACAGGCCAAGGCCCGGUCAAGAGUCGCAAGGAAAAUGAAGACGAUGGAGAGGCUACAGCAUGUUGAGGGGCUACGGUGGCUACGCAGGCUACGGGAUUUUGACUAAGUGAUAUUAUACUAAAUGGUUUUUUUUGCCACACUUUAAGGCAUCGACAGGGAAAGAGAGAGAGAGAUAGAAAGGAGAAGACAUUGGAGAGUGCAACAGCUGCUCUUGGUGUUUGGAUUCAGUUUUAGUUUGAAGUGGAAACUAUGUUUGCUCUUUUAUUAGCCACAGGUUUGUGUAUAUGUGUGAUUAGGUGGCAAAAGAGAAUCCUCAUUUAUGGCAGGACACUGACGGUUUAUGUAUUUAUAUUUAUUCAUGAAGUAAAGCCAACACACCACACCAAAACACCCAUGAUCAAGAAGAAGUAGAUGUGCGCCUGCCAUGUGGGCACAACGUGGCCAGGAAUUUGGACUCGAAGAAGGGAUUCCAUCUGUAGGGACAGGCCACGGGCAGCACCAGCAGCAAGACCGCAACAAAUAAAAUAUAUCGCAAGUGAUGAAAUAUGUAUUUUUAAUGCACCAGCAAAUACAUCUUUCUGCUGCGUUCCCCUUCAUCACACGAUGGAAUUGUGAUU